GCUGGCACUCCACAGAGGAGGGCAGAACCGUGGUGGAAGGAAGCUCGAGGGGCCUGUGCCGAGCACCGGGGUGGCUGGCAGUGCCCACACGUGAGCGUCACUCCGAGUCCGCCCGAAGAUUUCAUCCUGAUGGCUGACUCAAAACCACUCAGGACCCUGGAUGGGGACCCCGUGGCUGUGGAGGCCUUGCUCCGGGACGUGUUUGGGAUUGUUGUAGAUGAGGCCAUUCGGAAGGGGACCAGUGCCUCUGAGAAGGUCUGCGAAUGGAAGGAGCCUGAAGAGCUCAAGCAGCUGCUGGACUUGGAGCUGCAGAACCAGGGCGAGUCUCGGGAGCAGAUCCUGGAGCGCUGCCGGGCUGUGAUUCAGUACAGUGUCAAGACUGGUCACCCCCGGUUCUUCAACCAGCUCUUCUCAGGGUUAGAUCCCCAUGCUCUGGCUGGGCGCAUCAUUACAGAGAGCCUCAAUACCAGCCAGUACACAUAUGAGAUUGCCCCUGUGUUUGUACUCAUGGAAGAGGAGGUGCUGAAGAAACUCCGUGCCCUGGUGGGCUGGAACUCUGGGGAUGGGGUCUUCUGUCCUGGUGGCUCCGUCUCCAACAUGUACGCCAUGAACCUGGCCCGCUUUCAGCGCUAUCCAGACUGCAAGCAGAGGGGCCUCCGGGCCCUGCCACCCUUGGCUCUCUUCACUUCAAAGGAGUGUCACUACUCCGUCACCAAGGGAGCUGCAUUUCUGGGACUUGGCACUGACAGUGUCCGAGUGGUCAAGGCUGACGAGAGAGGGAAAAUGAUCCCUGAGGAUCUGGAGAGGCAGAUCAGUCUGGCAGAGGCUGAGGGCUCUGUGCCAUUUCUGGUCAGUGCCACCUCUGGUACCACCGUGCUAGGGGCCUUUGAUCCCCUGGAUGCAAUUGCCGAUGUUUGCCAGCGUCAUGGACUGUGGUUGCAUGUGGAUGCCGCCUGGGGUGGGAGCGUCCUGCUGUCUCGGACACACAGGCAUCUGCUGGAUGGGAUCCAGAGGGCUGACUCCGUGGCCUGGAACCCUCACAAGCUUCUUGCCGCAGGGCUGCAGUGCUCCGCCCUCCUUCUCCGGGACACCUCGAACCUGCUUAAGCGCUGCCAUGGAUCCCAGGCCAGCUACCUCUUCCAGCAAGACAAGUUCUACGACGUGGCUCUGGACACCGGAGACAAGGUGGUGCAGUGUGGCCGCCGCGUGGACUGUCUGAAGCUGUGGCUCAUGUGGAAGGCACAGGGUGGGCAAGGGCUGGAGCAGCGCAUCGACCAGGCCUUUGCUCUCACCUGGUACUUGGUGGAGGAGAUUAAAAAGCGGGAAGGAUUUGAGUUGGUCAUGGAGCCCGAGUUCGUCAACGUGUGCUUCUGGUUUGUGCCUCCCAGCCUGCGGGGGAAGAAGGAGAGUCCAGAUUACAGCCAAAGGCUGUCCCAGGUGGCCCCUGUGCUCAAGGAGCGCAUGGUGAAGAAGGGAACCAUGAUGAUCGGCUACCAGCCCCACGGGACCCGGCCCAACUUCUUCCGAAUGGUGGUGGCCAACCCCGUACUGUCCCGGGCCGAUAUAGAUUUCCUUCUGGACGAGCUGGAGCAUCUGGGCCGGGACCUGUGAGCUGCUUCCUCUCUCUGUCUCACCCAAGUUCUGCACAGUCUCCUGGGAAACAGGGGCCUUGAAUGCGUGUGCUUCCACACACUAACUCUCAGCUAAGUGUCAUGUCUCAAUACACGACAGUAUGCUCUUAUGAAAUAUGCUUUUAUUAAAUUGGGCAUAGGGGCACACACCUUUAAUACCAGCACUGGGGAGGUAGAGACAGGCAGAUCUCCGAGUUUGAGGCCAGCCUGGACUACAGAGCUGGGCUACACAGAGAAACCCUGU